AUGGCACCGCCAAUCGUAACGGCCACUAUCCAAACGGCCGUCAUCUCAGCCGUCUCCAACAUCCUGGCUCAAGCCAUCACGGCUCACCAGAACAGCACCUCAUUAAAGAUUGACUUCAUCCCCGUCUUCCAAUACGUCCUCUUCGCCCUGAUGUCCACCCCACCCAACUUUCUCUGGCAGGAGUUCCUCGAGGGCACUUGGCCUGCUUAUGGCACAUCCAAUGACAACAACAACGACAAAAAGGAGCAGCAGCAGCAGCAGCAGCAACCACCGCGUCUCAACAAGCGCAACACGCUGACCAAGACCCUCCUGGACCAGACGCUCGGCGCCGCGGUGAACACGGUGCUGUUCUCGGUGUUCAUGCACGGCAUCCGCCAGGGCAUGGGCCACCACUACGUGGCCGUCCGCGGUGAGGGGGAGGAGGCUGCUGGCUCGUGGGCGGCCUUGCUCGGGCGGGAUGCCGUGCGGUAUGCGGACGUGAACUGGGCGGCGGUGUGGGAGAGCGCCAGGGGGGAGUUCUGGGACCUGGUCCGGGCUGGGUGGCGGUUCUGGCCGUUUGUGAGCCUCGUCAACUAUGUGUUCUUGACGAGCGUCGAGGCGCGGAGCUUGGUGGGUGCUUUGGCUGGGCUGGGCUGGGGGGUUUAUGUCAGUCUGUACACGGGGAAUUAG